CGUCUUAUUCGACAAUCUCUCGAGUGUCGGGAUUUGGUAGAUGAUGCUAAACGAUUUCAUUUACGUCCAGAUUUACGCCAUGAAAUGCGUGAUAGAAGAUUUCGUCAGCGUGACGGUGGCAAUGAGUACUUAGUUGUUAUUGGUGGUUUCGGUUCUGAUCAGGACCCUUCGGAUUCCGUUGAAAUGUUUAACCCACGAACCUUAGAAUGGAACGAGUUACCUGAUUUACCGAUAAGUUACCGCUAUGUAGCAGCAUGUUCAUUGGGUACAUGUGUUUACGUCAUUGGUGGUUUUGAUGGAAAUGAAAGACUGAAUACCGUAUACUCCCUUGAUAUCGCUCAGAGAGAAGAAGGUUGGCGUUUACUUACUCCAAUGCACUAUAAAAGAGGUCUAUCUGCUGCUUGUACAAACAAAGGUCUAAUCUAUGUCUGUGGUGGUUUCGAUGGUCAGUCGCGUCUUCGGUCCUUUGAAGUUUAUCAUCCAAAAAUUGACGAGUGGAGAAUUUUGGAAGAAAUGACUACAGCAAGAGAAGGCGCAGGUCUUGUUGUUGUAGAUGAUACACUUUACUGUUUAGGAGGUUAUGAUGGAUUCCACCUACUGAACAGCAUGGAAGCCUUUGAUCUUCAUUGUGGUACGUGGUCUGUGUGCAAACCAAUGUACAUGCGUCGGUCGGGAGCUGGUUGUGCUUUGUUGGGGGAUACUAUUUAUGUAUGCGGUGGUUAUGGUGGCGCUGAAGGCCGCGGUCCUUCACAUUUGGAUACUGUAGAAGCUUAUAAUACAUGGUUGGCUCAGUGGACUUUGGUUACAAGUAUGAAUGUCCCUCGUUGUUACGUUGGUGCUUGCCCAUUGGCUGGCAAGAUUUAUGUUGCUGCUGGAUAUAAUGGCAAUAGUCUACUGGAUACUGUAGAGUCGUACGAUCCAAUCGAAAAUACGUGGUGGCUACACGAAGAAAGUAGAAUGAAUCAUGAGCGAUGUGACACUGGUAUGUGUGUUGUACGAUUCCCAACAUGUUCUAUCAGUCAAGAUACUCUUACGCCAAUUCUAACAUCAAGAAACGUAAUGAACUCCACUAAUAUUCAUUCAUCUCCAUCAGCUGUUUCAUCUGCUUCGGUUAAUUUUCAUUCAGCAAUCAAUCAGUCAUCCACUUGGCAGCUAAACGACUUUAACACCAAUCGAACUAAUAAUGUACGCAUAAACACACAGAUUUCUGUUGGUCACACUAAUCCAUCAUCAUUUCAGGGUAGUCCAUCAUCAUCCACUCGAAAUGUUCUGUCUUCGUCAGUUAGUGAACCCUUUCGUACUGGUUCACAAUUUGGUUGUCCAUCUGCAAGUAUGAAUGUAUGUAAUGUUAAUUCUCAAUCUCCUGGAAAUUCUCACAUGUCUUCCACUCAUCGUAGAUCUAAUCGUCAAGUUCGUAGUCAUUCUUCACGACAGAAUAGUUUGUCAAAUACUGCUUCUGUUAAUGGGAGAGAAUUAAGAAACUCUAGACCACCAAGGCAUUUACUUUCGUUGACUGCAUCCAGUUUAUAUCCUGGUAAUAUAAAUGUUUGGAAUCCCAAAAGUAUGCGUUUACCAUAUGUUGCACAAGGAAUGCACAACCCCAGAAAUAAUAGAUCACUUCUUCCAUCCUUGUUAUGCAACCCACAUAAUAUUUUACGCUGUGACACUACACCCAUAUCUCACUUAACUCAACAGGCCGAGAAUCCAUUAUUAAAUCAUAAUGAAACUCUUAGCCAUACUUUAGAUAAUAUACCUUCUUCCUCUGAGGAAUCUUAUAUCAUCCAAAAUAAUGAAUCUACUGUGAAUUCUGCAUUCAGUAUGAUGCAACAAACGGACCAACUACUAGACAACUGCGGAAACGUUGACAUAAAUGAGUUAGCCUCUAAUCUCAAUGCUUCUCAUUUUGAUGCAUCAACUGUUACUGGGUCUCACUUACCAGCAUCUCAGAGAAGCAGUUGCAGUAGUCCUACUUUGGUAUCUGAUAUACAUCAUUCUGCCCCUGAAUAUGGCUCUUCUGCAUCAUGUAAGCAUGAUUUGUUUAGAUCCGUUGAUGCAAUUAACCGUCUUGAUUCAGAUAACGUUUUCUGGUCAAUAUCCAAUAUAUCGACAUUUUCCGUCAUAGAAAACCCUACUGCUAGUACUUUUCCAAAGGCCACCACUUUUAAUGAGGACUCAUCUAAUAACGUAGUUAUUGGGACGCAAGCUGAUAAUAUUUCUGGGAAUGUUAAUUUAGAUAAUAUUCCUAGUAGAAACUAUGUUAGUUUGGUGAGCGAUUCACCUGAUGAACAAGAUCAUACUAAUGCGUUUGGUGAUGUUAGUCGAGAGCAUGGUGAUUCGGUCAAGUGUACUGAUCGUUCAAGUUACAAAACGCGCACUUUUAUGAACACUUUGAUAAAUAAACCAAGAGAACUCCAAUCAAAUCCAUGUGUUUUAUCUUCAAACGAUUCUUCUGAACUACCUUGUGAACAACCAUGUGAUAUCACUUUAGCAUCCAGUUAUUCAUGUAAUUCUUCAGUCUCCAUACCAAUUGCUAAAGUUAAGCCAUGUUCUUCAACAGUCGUGGAAAAUUCAUGUACAACAACUUUAAAUACACUACCUCCUUCCAUACGAAACACAUCUUCCACUCAACAAGUAAAUGACCCAUCAAUCUGCCGUAACAAGCCAACAUUUGACCAACUAUGUCAGCGAUAUAAGCCUGUAAUGCCCCAUUCGUUUAAAACUGAUCCAAUAUGGCCCUUUAGAUAUAAUACUGAAUCCUGUCAGACUCAUGGUGCUCAAGAAGAUAGAAUAAUUACUUCGGCGAAUGAUCAGAAGGCCUCAUCUUCAUUAUGUGAAGUUAAUGACCAGAGAGUAAUCACCAUAGGGGAAACCUCUUUUGUUUUUGGUGUCAGCGAAUCAUCUCACGCGUAUUCUGAAUCAGAUGAUCUGCUAAUCAGAAACCAAUCAGAUAAUCCUAAUCAGACUGGUGUUUCUGUGAAGCCAGAUGUUACGUGCACUACAUCAGUCGUUGAGUCCAUACACUCAAAAGGUGCUCCUGGAUGUAGUUCGUCAAAUUCUGAUGAUGCACUUGUAAACCAACCACAUAGUCUGAUAGAUAAUCCAUCUAAUUGUGAGCCUGAUAUAACAUUAUGUACAGUGGUUUGCAAUCCAGGUAACGUGGAUGACAGUCCAGAACCACAACCGGAUACAAGAUCAGAUGGUGAAGGGGAAGAAGGAGACGACUUAGAUGUUGUCCUGAGGAAUCCUGCAGUUGGUCAGGUUGACGAUGAUUUAUGAUCUCAUAUCAUAUUUUUUUGUGAAUUAUAUUCCUUUUUAUUAAUUUACUAUUGCCCUACAUGGUGUUUAUUGUAUCUAUCAUUCUUUAUUUGCUUAGUUAUUGUGUUAGUGUGACCGAAUAAUUCUGCAAACGUUUUCAGCCGUCACUUACAUAUGAUCAUUUGUCUGUUUUGUUCCAUUUUCCCUUUUGAUUGAUUUUGAUGCAUCUUUGGUACGGUUUGUUCCUAAACUUUAUCUCCUCACAUUUGUAUAUUUUUAGUCAUAACAAGGUGAUACUUGAUUUUCUUUAAAGCUUCCUUGUGUUUAUAUCGUUAGGACUACGGGCGAUCGUGUAGUCUCAUUCUUAAGUGUUGUGUACUGAUUUGUUUGUACGUACCUGUGGUCACGCGAUCUCGUCUGUGUUCAAGAUAUAACACUGAUUGAGUGUUAGUUCUACCAAAAUGUCUACACAAAGAAACUAAUGAUUUUUACAAUAAUCAACACUUUAAGUCAUUGACGUUAUCCCGUAGAACAUAACUAUCAGUCUCCCACUACAUAGUGUAGUGAUUACAGUCCGAAGUUGUCAUUAUGAUAAAACUCCAAAAUAAAUAUCUGCUUCAA